GGCACCAUUCAGGCACGGUUUACGCUGGUCGGUGAUAGGUUGCUUUAAUUUUCGAUCCACGGAGCACUGUAAUCAAACAACGCACACACGGAGGUGGACAGUUUCUUUCACCAUGAACGUGUUUCAGCCAUUGCUGACGAUCGCGGUGCUGCUGCUGGUGUGUGGCAUUGCGCUGCCUGCCCAUGCCGAUACGUUCAAGUACGAAGAUGGCAUUCCGGAUGGGCGCUGCCCGCAGUACGACAACCCAAUGAGCCCGGUCCAUCUCGCCAUCCCGACCGAUUGUACCAAGUUUCAGAAGUGCUUCAACGGGCGUGCCUUCACGAUCAGCUGCCCGCCCGGCCAAGAGUACGGUGUGCAGCUGCAGCGCUGUGACUAUCCCAUCUUUGCCCGCUGCCAGCAGGGUUAUGUGAAGCCACAGCCGGCCGGCUUUAGCUACGAUGCGGGACAGGUCGAUACACGGUGCCCGCGGUUCGAUGAUCCAAUGAAUCCGACUCACCUGGCGCACCCCACGGACUGUAGACGGUUCUUCAAGUGUUUCGAUGGCCGCGCAUUCGAGCUCGAGUGUCCAAUUGGGCAGGAGUGGGGCAUUCGGCUGAACCGUUGCGACUAUCCGUCCCUUGCACGGUGCUCUCUGGGUCGGCAAGCGGAAAAGCCAGCCACUGAGAGCGACAAGCAGAAAGUUGUGGAGAAAGCCGAAGAACCAGAGCAGACCGACGAAGAGUCAUCCGUCGGCUUUGCUAAGCCAGUGAAAGCUGGCUUCAACUACGAUUCGGGCGUGAACGAUGUGCGCUGUCCCAAGUUUGACGAUCCCUACCGGCCGAUCCAUCUGUCCCAUCCGACCGACUGUCGCAAGUUCAUGAAAUGUUUCGAUGGGCGCGCCUACACGAUCGACUGUCCGGUGGGGCAAGAGUUUGGAAUGCGCAUUAACCGCUGCGACUAUCCCCAGUUUGCCCAGUGCUCGGUGCAGAAGAAAAGCCGUAAAAGCUUGGGCAAGGCGGCUGCCAGCGAUGAUUACUACUACGACGAUGACUACUAUCUGGACGACAUUCCGCUCGAUUCGGCCGAAUGGACGCCGGAGCAGCGCGAGAUGAUUGAGGGCAUUAAGGAUGGACGCUGCCCGAAAACUGACGAUCCGGCCGAACCAGUCCACUUCAUCCAUCCGCGGGAUUGUGGCAAGUUCUACAAGUGCUACGAUGGGCGCGCCUAUCUGAUCCUGUGCCCGGCCGGGCAGCACUGGAGCGUGCGGUACGAUCGGUGCGACUACCCGAAGGUGGCCAAGUGUACGAUUCGUGCCAUCAUUGCACUGUGCCUCAUUGCUUGUGUGUCGGCCCAGUACGACUACAACAGCUACUACCAGGUGGGCAUCCCGCAAGACUACAACCAGCAGUACAACCAGCAGUACAACCAGCAGUACAACCCGCAGUACAACAAUGGCCAGUACAACAACAACCAAGCCCCGACCAAGGCCAUCCCGGAUUCGCGCUGCCCCCGUACGGACGAUCCGAUGCGCCCGGUCCAUCUGCCGUACGCCGGCCACUGCGACAAGUUCCUGAAGUGUACCGGCGGUCUGGGCUUCGUCAUGGACUGCCCGGCCGCUUUCAUCGUUCUCGCUGUCAUCGUGGCUGGCGUCGCGGCCGCCCCCCAGUACCCGGAAAUGUCGUACAACGCGUACAACAUGCCGCAGGAGCCCCGCUUCGAGGCGUACAACAUGCAGCCACAGUACGACACCCAGUACCAGUACCAGCCCCAGUACCAGGCCCAGCCCCAGAGCGAGCAGCUGACCGCCGACGGUUACAAGAUCGUGCCCGGCAUCGUUGAUGCCCGCUGCCCCCGUGCCGACGACCCGAUGAAGCCGGUCCAUCUGCCAGUGAACGGAAACUGUGGCAAGUUCAUGAAGUGCUUCGGUGGCCGCGCCUACGAGAUGGACUGCCCGGCCGGGCUCGAGUUCGGCUCGAAGUUCUGUUCCGGGUCGCGUGUUGUUCGGUUAGAAUCGCUCUCCACGACUUCUGGUACGAUGUCGGUACGUCUAAAGAUUAUCGCCUUGCUUCUGGUUGGCAUGCUCGAUUGCCUCGCCGGCCAAACGGUAGUUUGCGAUGGUGUUGCGAACCAAGCUUUUCCUCACGAAAGCGACUGCACCCAGUACUACAUCUGCUCGAAUGGCAACAAGUAUCUGCUGUCGUGCUUUAACGGAGAACACUUUUCACCAGUAACGUUGCGCUGCGAGUCACCGGAAGUGGCACAAUGUGAUCCUAACUUUACCACGUUGCAACCCAAUCCAACCGGCCCAACCGGUCCAACAGUGCCAACCACACCGACCCUAACGUCACCCACCAGUUUGACGGUUGUGCCUACGCUAAGUACCACAACUGAUUGGACAGGACCAUCGCUACCCACCGUUCCGGAAGUUACUGUUACUGAGUCCACGACCGAGCAGGAAACGACAACCAGCACGAUAUCAAUCGAGCCUACCAUUACCGUUCCCACGGUUGGAACAGCCGCACCACCAACGGUACCAACUGCAGCGCCUACUACUGCCACUCCUCCCAUCACCACGACGGAAGAGGCUACUCCUACUCCGGAAACACCUGAUCCAGAACCACCUACUCCCACUCCGGAACCGCCUACUCCUACUCCGGAAACACCUGAUCCGGAAACGCCUGAUCCGGAAACACCUACUCCUACUCCGGAAACACCUGAUCCGGAAACGCCUGAUCCAGAGACGCCUACUCCUACUCCUGAAACUCCUGAUCCGGAAACGCCUACUCCUACUACGGAAUCACCUACUCCUACUCCAGAAACGCCUGAUCCGGAAACACCUACUCCUACUCCGGAAACACCUGAUCCGGAAACGCCUGAUCCAGAGACGCCUACUCCUACUCCUGAAACUCCUGAUCCGGAAACGCCUACUCCUACUCCGGAAUCACCUACUCCUACUCCAGAAACGCCUGAUCCGGAAACGCCUACUCCUACUCCGGAACCACCUACUCCUACUCCAGAAACACCUACUCCGGAACCACCUACUCCUGAUCCAGAAACGCCUGAUCCGGAAACGCCUACUCCUGCUCCGGAAACACCUACUCCGCAGCCACCUACUCCAGAAACACCUACUCCGGAACCACCUACUUCUGAUCCAGAAACGCCUGAUCCGGAAACGCCUACACCUGCUCCGGAAACACCUGCUCCGGAACCACCUACUCCCGCUCCGGAACCACCUACUCCAGAAACGCCAACUGCUGCUCCGAUAACGCCUGAACCGGAAACGCCUUCUCCUGAAUCGCAAGACCCUAAUGAACAUCUGUGUAUGAGUGCGUGUGUAGUUACAAAAAUGUGGAAGUGUGUCAUUGUGGCAUUCCUAGCAACGCUCGCGUUUGUGAGCGCACAGGAACCAGAUCCCCGGUGCCCGCUGGUGGAUAAUCCGCCCUUUCAUCUGCCGCACGAAACCGAUUGUGGCCUGUUCUACACCUGCUCCUAUGGCAAAAAAUACCUGAAAUCGUGCCCCGUGAACCAACACUUCGGAUUCCAACUGCAACGCUGCGACCAUCCUUACUACGCGCAGUGUACCCUUGGAUCGGGAACAACGGCUAUCCCCACUAUCCCGACCACAGUAUCGACGGCGUCUCCAACUACUGCUCCAACGCUACCGACUACCACAACACCACCUACCACCGUAUCUACUACUACGUCUGCCACUACCACUACGACAACUGCAUUCACUACUACUACUACUACUGCAGCGGCCACUACUGUACCGACGGCCCCAACACCCGGACCUACGGGAGUACCAACUACCGCACCAACUACCGCACCAACUACCGCACCUACGACAGCACCCAUCGACACCACUACUACAACGGCAGCCACUACCACCGUAUCGCCCACGACCGUGGAAGUUCCCACCGCUCCAACAUAUACCUCCACCGCUACCAUACCGACUGCCCCGAGCCCAAUUCCGACGGCCCCAACACCUAGUACAACCGUGGUCGGUAGCACGACCGUCGCGGGCAGCACGACCGCCGAUGCGACAGUACCUACCGUACCGACGGCCGCGUGUGCACAUGUAACGGACUACCGGGCGCGGGCCACGGCUACAAAAGCCUGCCACCGACAACAGGGCGCUACUAGUACUGGCCAGCGGAUCGAGCCGGAGCCAAUCAGCUUCACCAUGGUCUGCCCACGAUGGGUUGUGCGUGUGACGACGUGUUUGGUCGUGGUUGCGGCCUGCCUACUUCCAGCCCCCAGUGCCGCUCUCAGUGAUCCCUGCUCGCAGAGUACUACGCUAGCGCAUCCGACCGACUGUCGCAAGUAUCUGGAGUGUGUGGACGACAAGCUCGUGCUGCUGACCUGUGGCGUUCAGUAUUACAAUGCAUCCAUCGGUGGGUGUACGAACGAUCUACCAGCGAAUAGCUGCCGCCAGCGCAAGGAGGACUCGAUUGUCUCGCUCGACGAAACGUACCUCGGACGUGCCAUCGUCGAUCCGUGCGCAUCGUCCAAGCCAGGCCUCAAGCUGCCGCACCCGGAAAACUGUGGCCUGUUUUACCAAUGCACUCAGUCCGGCGCGGCCCUGUUCGCUUGUCCGGCCAAUCUACUGUUCCACGUGAAAAUGAGGGUUUGUGUUUGGCCGCAACAGGUGGAGUGUGCCCCGGGCGCUGAUUUACCGACCGGAACAACCGCCGGGCCGAACACCACGCCAGGACUGGACAAUGAUGGCAACAUUGUUCUACCCGAUGAGAUCUGUGAGCCGGGCUGCUUUCUCGAUCUGCGGUGCCCGGUAGACUGUGAUCCGAUCCUGCCACCGAAAGCCUUCCCCCAUCCGAGCCGUUGCGAUGCGUACUUUACGUGCAACACGUUCGGCUACUCCUGCAUCACCGAGUGUCCCGUGGGCAUGUGGUUUAGUAACGUUUUCCAGCGCUGUGUAACGCCCAACCUGUCCGACUGCACGCCGGUCGUGCCGCCCAUCUGUAAGGUGCCCGACUGUCGCCCGAACCCGGACUGUCCGGUGCCGGAUACGGUACCUCCGACGAAGUUGCCUCACCCAGAACGGGACGAUUGGUACUACAUUUGUCGCGAUGGAACGUCCUGCCAGAUGGCCUGCCCGCCCGGGCUAGUGUGGAGCCCCAUCUUCGAAGAGUGCACCUUUGAUCCGGACGAUACGGAAACUCCAACGCCCGAGCCAACGACCACUACGAUCGCUCCCGCUACGACCACUACUACGGCGGCUCCUGUUACUACGACAACUACUACGGCGGCUCCUGUUACUACGACAACUACCACGGUGGCUCCUGUUACUACGACAACUACCACGGUGGCUCCAGUUACUACCACCACUACAACGGCAGCUCCUGUCACCACGACGACCACCACAGUGGCUCCUGUAACUACCACCACUACCACGGCGGCGCCAAUCACCACCACGACCACGCAAAUCACCACCACCCCGGAGGUGGAUUGUCCGACCUGUCCGCCCUCGAACUGCUACCCGGACAACCGGUGCCCGAAGUGCGAAAAGUGUGACCCAACCUUCUUCCCGCACGACGACUGCGACAAGUUCUACAAGUGCAACUUUGGCCUCAUCUGCGAGAUGCGAUGCCCGCCCGGGCUGCACUUUAACGCGCGCGAAAACGUGUGUGACUGGCCGUCCCAGGCCGGAUGCGAGUAUCCACCCAUCAUCGAGGAUCCGCCGGAGAACGCCGCCUGCCAUCCGAACCCGCUCUGUCCGCCCGGCAACGGGGUGGAAACGUUCCUGCCCCAUCCGGACAACUGCACACUGUUCUACAAGUGUAGCUGGGGCAACGCCUGCCUGAAGGAGUGCCCGGACGGGCUGCACUGGAGCAAGGCGAAGCAGCGCUGCGAAUGGCCCAAUGUGGCCGGCUGCGACCCGAACAUACUGCCAGACGAUCCGAACUGUCCAACCUGCCCGUGCAUACCGUGCCGGUCGAAGCGGAACGCUUGCCAACCGUCCGAGCGCUGCCCGCCGGCCGGCAAACGCAGCUUCUCGCUGAGCUUCAGCCACGAGCUGCACUGCAACCAGUUCUACGAGUGCCUGUCCGGCCAGGCCUGCAUCCUCGAGUGCCCGAAGGGUCUCGAGUACAGUGGCGGUGAGGCACGCUGUGAUGUACCGAGCAAAGCUCAAUGUAGCCGUUGGUGGAAAUGAGGGAAGGUGAAGUUUUAAAGGGAAGAAGCUGGAAAUCUGAUCCCCAGUUGUGGCUACCACUUUACUUAGAAUAUUAUGCUAAUCUGAAUAUCGCAAAAUAAAGGAUUAAAAUCAAUAAAGCUAAAGUUACU